GAGCGGCGGUCCCGCACUUUUUACUUGUUCUCAGCUUCAGUCCUCGCAUCAUAAAUUCAAGGACGACGUUUCCAUUAUCGCGGCCAUAACUGGUUCUCCGCUUCAUCACCUCCGGAAUCUGAAGCAAUCGGUGAAGUGGAGGGUCGAAGAUGAUCGGGCUACGGGUGACGAUGAACCUUCCUCCGUCGAGCAAUGGCCGCCACGACAGCCAGUGGAAUCUCCUCCGCCGCCGCCGCAGCCCCGGUCUUCUUCGCUCCCCGACGACAAGAACGGCCCUCCCCGGGAGCGGAGCCACGCCGGCGAGGGACCGGGUGAUGGACUUCGGGAGGCACAAGGGCAAGAUGCUGGGGACGCUCCCCUCCGGUUACCUGAGGUGGGUCUCCAACAACCUCCGGGCCCGCGACACGGAGGAGUGGGCCCGGCUGGCCGACCAGGUGCUGCAGGACCCCGUCUACCGGGACCGGAUGGAGUGGGAGUCGGCGGAGAGGGUGUUGAGCGGCGGGGGAGGUGGCGUGGGGUCGGGGAGCGCGGUGUCGGAGCUGCUGGAGAUAAGCGAGAGGUUCGGGUGGGACAACGAGGAUAAGGCCGGGUGGGGCCGGGUGGAUUUCGAGCUUCUGGGCACCUCCAAGGGCGGGAGGAUCCCCAGGAAAUCGGAUGACCCGAAAGGGAAGGAGAAGGGGAAAGGGAAGGAGGAGUGCCCUGCGUCCGAACCGCCAUCUCAAGGAGAGGAGAGGAGGAGUGAGAGGAGACACAGGCUGAGGAUGAAGAGAGAGUCAGGUGAAAGUCAAAACCGAGCCAUCGUCGGCGGGAGCCGGAGGGAAGUGAGAGAUGAAGGAGCGGCGGCGGCGUCGCCGGAGUCCGUAUGCAACCCAUUUCCAGGGCGGGAAUCGCUGCUGAGGAAGGUGCUCCGCGGCGAGAGGCCCCUGUAGCUGUUGUGCAUGACCUCCAUGGAAUCUCUUUUAGCUUUUUCUAGUCUUUUUUUGCAACUAAUCGAAAGGCACGUCUUGCCUCAGUGAUGUGAAGAGUAUUUUUAUCAAUUGGUUGGUCUUUUACCUA